CUCUCUCUCUCUCAUCCAGCAACGAGACUUGUUCUGCAAAUCAUCUUAAAAAAAUUCAUGGCAGGACAGUCUCGUAAAUGGAUGAUUCUGGUGGCUACGAUUUGGAUUCAAGCUUUCACGGGAACUAAUUUCGAUUUCUCUGCUUACUCUACGGACCUCAAAUCGAUUCUUGGGAUAUCUCAGGUUCAACUGAACUAUCUCGCUGUUGCAUCUGAUCUUGGUAAGGCUUUUGGAUGGUCUUCUGGUCUUGCUCUGCUCUAUUUGCCCCUUUGGGUCGUUAUGUUCAUGGCUGCUUCUAUGGGUAUCGUCGGUUAUGGAGUUCAAUGGGCAGUGAUUCAGAACCUUAUCUCUUUGCCUUAUGUCGUGGUGUUUUUAAUGUGCUUGAUAGCAGGGUGUAGCAUUUGCUGGUUUAACACAGUGUGUUUCGUCCUCUGCGUUCGGAAUUUUCCAUCUAACCGUGCCUUGGCCUUAUCUCUCACAAUCAGUUUCAAUGGUGUAAGCCCAGCACUAUACACCUUAGCUGCCAAUUCAAUCAACUCUGAUGAUGAUUCAGUCUAUCUACUUCUCAAUGCCAUCAUCCCUCUUAUCACAUCCUUCGCCGCAUUACUCCCUAUCCUACGCCAACCCUCCGUCGAUACCCCCCUCCUUCAAGAAGCCGUUCGUCGUGACUCCCUCAUUUUCCUCUUCCUCAAUUUCCUUGCCAUCUUCACUGGCCUCUACCUCCUACUUCUCAAUUCAAUUUCAUCCGAUGUAUGGACCAACCGUUUCCUUUUCGCCGGAGCAAUCCUCCUACUAAUACUCCCCUUAUGUGUCCCCGGUGGUGCCAUCGCACGAGAUUGGGCUCAUCGGAAUAUCCAUUCGAGUUUUCGCCUCGAAGGUUCCACUUUCAGUCUUGUUGAUCCUGAUGAUCUUGAGCUUCAUAAAGAGCUCCUUGGACGUGAGAGCAUUAGUAGCCUUGCCAAUGGUGUUGCAUCUAAUUUUGCUGCUGAUCCUAAUCGAACUACUAUUAGUAGUAGUGAUGGUAUUAGUAGUAGUAGGCAAUCUUUAGGAGAGUGCAUAGGGUAUUGCGACAAGGUGGUGUUCAAGGACCAAUUGAUGAUGUUAGGUGAAGAACACUCAGCUACCAUGCUUAUUAGAAGAUUGGACUUCUGGUUGUACUACCUUGCAUACUUCUGUGGGGGUACAAUUGGGCUUGUGUAUAGUAACAAUUUGGGCCAGAUUGCACAGUCGCUCGGGUUUAGUUCGGAGACUACGACGCUCGUCACGCUCUACUCGUCGUUCUCAUUCUUUGGCCGCCUGCUAUCGGCCACCCCGGACUUCAUACGUUGGGCAGUGUAUUUUGCACGCACAGGGUGGCUGUCAAUUGCGCUGGUGCCGACUCCAAUUGCCUUUUGUGUGCUUGCAUUAUCAGGCAGCAGUGCAGCAUUGCAUGUCGGCACAGCCCUUAUCGGCCUCAGCUCCGGUUUCAUAUUUGCAGCUGCCGUAUCAAUCACAUCGGAGCUUUUCGGGCCUAGCAGCAUGGGUGUCAAUCAUAACAUCCUCAUCACCAAUAUCCCAUUAGGGUCGCUUGCCUAUGGUCUUCUCGCCGCAAUCGUUUACGACGCUAAUGUAAAUCCAACCCUCCGGCGACUCGUCAAUCUCGACGAAGAGGCAAUGGUGUGCAUGGGGAGACAAUGCUACCAUGAAACAUUUGUGUGGUGGGCUUGUAUCUCAAUGUUGGGCCUGGUAUCUAGUGUCUUUCUUUUCAUUCGGACUCGACCCGCUUAUGACCAUUUUGAGCAAAACCGGAAAAGGUUGGUUAAUUACUAACAGCCCCAACUCUGGUCAUAGAUGAAUAGGCUUUGAUACCG